AUGGCAAGAUGCGUAGCUGACGUUGAAGCACUGAUUGGCACCGGCCAAGACCGAGCUGCCCCGAAUCACUGCGGAGGGAGUCAGUGCCGGUGCGAGGCACAGCGCACAAUGAUUCAAGAUGAAUCCUCCUCUGUGCCUCUUCCUCUUCGUCCCAUCUUGAUUCAACCCAAAUCCAUCCCUCGGCACCCCCUCCCAUCCCAUCCCAUCCCAUCUGGCGGCCACUGGCCCUGCGCCGGCUCCCGGUCCGCGGACGAGAUUGGAUGGGGACGCCGACAGGAACGGUCCCAGAGGAGUUGCCACGAGGGCGGGUAG